AGCAAAAAAAAAAAAAAAAAAAAAAAAAACAAAUUGAAAUUAAAACAAAAACUCUUAUUAUUCUGAGUUAUAACUUACGUACGUGGAUAGCAUAGAAUUGCUUCGGCUACGUGUAUCCAGCAACAAAUUUCAUUGUACUCAGUUGCAAGAGAGUUGACUGCCAAAGCUUACAAAUAAUAAAAAAAUAAUAAAAAAAAAAAUAAAGAAAAAAAAAUACGCGUUUUUAAAGCAAGAUUUUCAUAAUAAUAUUCAUUAUAAUAAUUUUGAGAAAAAAAGAAUAAAAAGAAUAACGAAAGACCAUUAAGCAUACAAUUCUUUUCUCCCUUUUUUAUUCCCUCCAACACAUACUGAAAAUGAACAUGAAAAUGCAUUUAUUCAUUUUAAUUACGUGUCUGGUAUAUGCAGCUUUUUCAUCACCUCAGUUUCUUACUUUCAAAGAUGGCCAAGUCGGCGUAAACUUUUUGGGCUACCAUGCUCAAGCUGGUUUGGGCGGCGGUCAGAAUCAAAAUGGUCUAUUAGGUGGCUUACACGCUUCUGCCGGUACACCGUGGGGCCAAAAUGCUGCUGCGGGACUUGGAGGCAACGUAAAUGGACGUGCUAGUGGUCUUUUGUAUGCUGGCGCGCAAUCAUCACCUGAUGUUGGUGCCAGCACGGUAUUAGCUGGCGAUACAUCAAUGGGUGGCUUUGGCGGUUCGGAAGCGCAUGCCAAUGGUCUAGUAGCAGGAAGUAGCCGCAGUGUUUCGUUUAAUGGCAAUCCACAAAAUGUGCAGCAACCGCCUGCAAUGGCAAACGAUGAUGCAAACGCUAUACAAAGAAUACGUCCACCAAAAAAAUAUCAAACGCAAUUCACGCGGCCGACAAUCAGCAGAAACGUCCCGAUCGGUGACACGCAAAGGACCCAAAUACAAAGUUUCAAUGACUCGAGUUACGUAACAAAACAACGUAAUAAAUAUCGUUAUAGGCAACGUCAUCCUAAACGCAACGAACAACGGCGAAGAGCUUAUCAAAACGGUGUCAAAACCGGCAAAACAAUACGCUCAAAAAGCGUGUAUAGAACAGUAGAAGCAACACAGAACACAUGGCCCUUGGCUGUGCAUGCACAGCAACAACAGAAAGCACAUACGGAACGUCGCCAACUUAUCGCAGAUACGCAGCCGAACGUGAACAGUAUCAACACUAACGCUAAUGCUCAAGUCAGUGCUAAUACGGAUUUCAAUACACAUUCGAACGCGAACGCUGACGCUGACGCCAAUGCUAACACGAAUGUUAAAACUGUUGUUCGCUCGCGAAAAGUCAUACAAACGCAGCCUUCUACUACUACUGGAGUAAAUUCAAAUUUGGGAAUAAGCUACAAUGCCCAAGCUAACGGUGACAUGGUUCGCAGUGCGUUGCAGAUACCUAUCGGAAUUUUGCAAUCAUUACAGCAAUCUCUGUCAGGUCUAAGCGCCUCGAAAACUGUAACGGUUAAUAAACAUAUUUCGAAAUAAU